GCAUCUUUGGGUAUUGUAACAUAAAAUAUAAAAAAAUCUAUGUAUGCGCCUGAAGGACUUGUAUCCACCGACAAGAAUAAUAAAAAGAAAAAAUAACCUAAAAUAUUUUUCAAAAAAAUUCAAUAAUUGGUUUAUUUAUUUAAGUUUUUAUGAGUUAAAGUGCUUUUAACUGGUAAAAAAAAAACGAUUAAAUAACAUGUUUUCUAAUUGUGGAAAACCCAUAGUAAACUUGAGAUAUGGAUUAAAAAUACUACGAUAUAAUUCCACAGCGACACAGGCUGCGGUACAAACCAUACCAGAAGGAGAAAUCCAGGUCAAGAAGAAUCCUUUGGAACAUCCAGACUUUUUUCAAGUGCACAACUUAUUUACAGUAAAGGAUUUAUUUAAUGCUAGAGUACAUUAUGGACAUAAAGAGGGUUCCCUCAAUGACUAUAUGCGGCCCUAUAUAUAUGGAUCUAGACUUGGGCAUUUAAUAUUUGACUUGGAUAUCACUGCAGAACACUUACGCAGCGCCCUUAACUUUACCGCACAUAUAGCUUAUAGAGGCGGCAUUAUUUGUUUCUUCAAUAGAAAUUCGCUAAAUGCUCUUAUAGUUGAGAAAACGGCACAAGAAUGUGGCGAAUACGCUCAUACAAGGUUUUGGAGAGGAGGUAUUUUCACAAAUGCUAACCAUCAGUUUGGAGCCAUAACAAGAUUACCUGAUUUAUGUAUAUUCUUAAAUACCCAGAAUAACAUCCUCAACCAACAUACAGCUGUUAGAGAUAGUGCCAAAAUGUUAAUUCCAACAGUGGGAAUUGUUGACACCAACUGCAACCCAAACUUGAUUACAUACCCAGUGCCUGGCAAUGAUGAUUCACCAGCAGCCAUAGAACUUUAUUGCAAACUAUUUAAAAUGGCUGUACUCAGGGGGAAAGAACAAAGGAUGAAGUUUUUACAAGGUAGUCAGUAACAAAAAUUGUAUAAAUUAAAAAAAUGUAGGUAACUA